CGGUUUGGGAAACAGGAGCUCCAUGUUGGGGUGUAGGCUAAAGGUCAGGGAGCCUGUCUACAACGUCCACUUGAAGGCAAACAAAUGCCCUAACCUUGAAUAAAGUCUGAUGGGAACAGACAGUCCUGGAGCUCCAGAGGAGCUCUACCAGCUUUGGUGCACCUUCCCUGGGUUGCUGAUCUGGAUCCACACUGCAGUCAUGGAUCUUUUCCACAGCUGGGGUUGGAGGUGGCUGUCCAUCUGCAGACCAAGUAUGGGCAUUAUGAGGGCUGAUUUAGCCUCUACAGUGGCAGACCUGCAUACCACCUUCUGUUUCUUCCCAGGCUGGUUCUAUCUGCGCAGGGACGUGGGGGUCAAACUCAUCUGMGUGGCUGCCAUUGGGGACUGGCUCAACCUGGUCCUGAAGUGUAAUGAGAGAAAAUUGAUCGGGGUACUCACUGUGCUUGGAGAGGAAACAUUCAAUGUGCCAGUAGAUGAGCGGGGUUGUUUUGGAGCAGGGCCUUGUGUCUUGUUCAUCUCCAGGUUCUUGCAGGUGGGCCUGUGGAUGCUGCUGUGUACAGUGGAGCUGCUGGUGUGCAUGUCCAGAGUCUACAUGGCUGCCCACUUUCCCCACCACGUCAUCAGUGGGGUCAUCACGGGUAUCAUGGUGGCUGAGUUCUUCUCCAGAGUGCAGUGGAUCUACAGAGCCAGUCUGAAGAAGUACUUCUACACCACCGUCUUCCUGCUCUCCUUCGCUGUGGGCUUCUACGUGCUGCUGAAUGCUCUGGGCGUGGACCUGCUGUGGACCCUGGCGAAAGCCCUGAAGUGGUGUGUGAGGGCUGAAUGGGUCCACAUGGACUCCACUCCCUUCGCCAGCCUCCUGCGCAACAUGGGCACCCUGUUUGGCCUGGGCCGUGCACUCGCCCCUCUACACCGAUACACCGAGAGCAAGAAGAACAGCAGCACCCCCUUCAGGGCGGGAUGUAUCACUGUCUCCUUAUUGCUGCUACAGAUCUUGGAUGGCUUGAUGUUCUCCUCCAGGAACCAGGCAACGUUCUACAUGUUGUCRGUCAAUAAGAGUGCUGCUGCCCUCUUCAUCCCCACAGCUCUGGUUCCCGGAGGACUCUCCUGGAUCUUCCCAGGUUAAAGUGGGGCGGCUAAGCUGAAAUUUUCAUAACAAUCGUUCAGAAACUGUUUUGAUUUGACAAAUUAAUUGGCUUGCUAAUAAGCUCAUGAGCAGAGAGUGGGAAUGGGUAUGGGAAGCAAGAGCACCUCAAGAGCUUGGGACUAAGGUUCUAUCUGCAAAAAAAUAUUCUGAGAUAAUUGGCUUUAAAGUUUUGAACCCUCAUUGGUUUGAAUG